CCCCCACCCCGGUGGUACUAAAGUCGGUAACGAACGAACGGACACAGUUUAACUAGUGCGAAGACGCUGACGGGGGUGUAACGGCUCCGGGCGCGUCGCUGCUCAGACAAACGGGAGUAAUCACGGUUCGGCGCGAGAGGAGCGCGGGGUGGCGUUCGCGAGAGACUCCCGCGAUGGAUCUGAGACUUUUAGCGGCUUUUCUCUUCUCCUCCGUUAUUUUCGGGAUCUCAGCCGGAGCGGUUCACAAAUCCCAAGAAGACUGUCUCCUGGAGAAGUCCUACACAGACUGCGGCUACAGUCAAGGCAAAGACGAUGACUUCGACUGGGAGCAGAUCAACACCAGGCAGAAACCCUCCUCAGAGUCCUGGCUGCCGUCAGGUUCAGCGGUCAUGAUGGUGAACACCUCGGGACGGUCGUCCGGUCAGCGAGCGCAGCUCUACAUGCCGCAGUUCAAAGAGAACGACACCCACUGCGUCAUAUUCCAGUAUUACGCCACCGGUCGAGAGGGGUCCAGUCCCGGUCAGCUGCUCAUCUACGUCAAGGAGAACAGUAAUCCUCUGGGCUUCGCUGUGUGGAACUCAUCCGAACCUUCCUUACAGAAGUGGCAGCAGGUGGAGCUGGCCAUCAGCACCUUCUGGCCCAAUUUCUACCAGCUGGUGUUUGAGGUGGUGGCGUCUGGUGAACGGGGUCUGCUGGCCAUCAGAGGAAUCUCACGUCAGGGCCAUCAGUGCAUCAACACGCCUCACUUCCUGCACAUUAAGAGCGUGGAGGUCAACGCCAGACAGACGGCCACCUUCCAGUGCACUAUUAACGGUCAGCCCAAAGACCACGUCCACUACAAGCUCUGGCUGCAGGGCAUCAGAGGACGAGCGGCUCCUAUGAAGGACACCAAACCCGUCAACUCCAGACGCUACACCGCCACCUUCGACAUCGUCAACACCACCAAAGACGACUCGGGCCGCUUCCGCUGCAUCGUGCGCUCCGAGAGAGGGGUCGGCGUGUCCAGUUACGGAGAUCUGGUGGUCAAACAGCCUCCGAUCCCCAUCGCUCCUCCUCAGCUGACGGCGGUUGGCGCCACCUACAUGUGGAUCCAGCUCAACGCAAACUCCAUCAACGGAGACGGGCCGAUCAUCGAGAAGGAGGUGGAGUACCGCACGCUUUCUGGAAGCCUGAUCGACAGCCAACCAGUCGACAAACCCAACCACAAGAUCGGCCACCUGGACCCCGACACCGAGUACGAGAUCAGCGUGCUGCUCACCAGACCCAACGAGGGCGGCACCGGGGCCCCGGGCCCACCGCUCAGGGCCCGCACCAAGUGUGCAGAUCCCAUGCUGGGCCCUCAGCAGCUGCAGGUCGUGGACGUCCAAUCCAAGCAGUUGACAGUCCACUGGGAGCCGUUCGGAUACAACGUGACGCGCUGCUACAGCUACAAUCUGACGGUGCAGUACCGCUACAUGGCUAACGGUAAAGAGGAGACGCGCGAGGAGACAUGCUAUGAUACUCUGAGCAGCACGCCGCAGCACACCAUCCGCAGCCUUCCGCCGUACACCAACGUCAGCAUCCGCCUGCUGCUGCAAAACCUCGAGGGAGUCAAAGAGAGCGACGAGCUCAUCGUGCUGACCGAAGAGGACGUUCCUGGCGCCGUCCCGCACGAGUCCAUCCGAGGAAGCACGUACGAGGAGAAGAUCGCCCUCCGAUGGAGAGAACCGCUCCAGACGUACGGCAUAAUCAAACAAUACGAAAUCUUCUAUAAGGCCGUCAGCUCCUUCGACCCGGAGUUUAAUCUGUCCAGUCAGAGCGGGGACAUUCUGAAGUUCAGCAACGAAACAUCGCACAUCUUCACGGGUCUCUAUCCCGGAUCCACGUACUCCUUCACCAUCAGAGCCAGUACGGUCAAAGGAUAUGGGCCGCCCGAAACCGCGCAGUUCACCACCAAGAUCUCACCGCCACGUAUGCCGGGAUACGAGCAGGAGACGCCGCUGAAUCAGACCGACAGCACGGUGACCGUUCUGCUGAAACCGGCCCGGAGCCGCGGAGCACCGGUCAGUGUGUAUCAGGUGGUGGUAGAAGAGGAGCGUCCGCGUCGUUCCCGGAGAGCCGCUGAGAUCCUGCGCUGUUACCCGAUUCCCAUCCACUUCCAGAACGCGUCCGUGCUGAACUCACAGUACUACUUCACCGCAGAGUUCCCAGCCGCUCGCAUCCAGACGCCGCUGCCCUUCACCGUCGGAGACAACCGAACUUACGACGGCUUCUGGAACCUUCCUCUGCUGCCACACAAGAGCUACAGCGUCUACUAUCAGGCCGUCAGCACGGCCAACGGGGAAACUAAGAUCGAUUGUGUUCGCGUGGCCACUAAAGCUGCCAUUAUUGUGACUCAGCUCACCACGCCGUAUGUGCGUAUCGCACCCGCUGCCGGCGACAGCCAACUAACAGGCGCUGCGACCCGGAAGCCUGAUGCGGUGGAACCCGAGAAACAGACGGAUCACACGGUGAAGAUCGCCGGCGUCAUCGCUGGCAUCCUGCUCUUCGUCAUCAUCUUCCUCGGCGUGGUGCUGGUCAUGAAGAAACGAAGAUCCUAUCACUCCUACACUUACUACCUGAAACUGGCCAAGAAGCGUAAGGAGACGCUGAGCAGCACGAGGCAGGAGAUGACGGUGAUGGUGAACUCCAUGGACAAGAGCUACGCUGAGCAGGGCACCAGCUGCGACGAGGCCAUUUCAUUCAUGGACACACACAACCUGAACGGACGCUCUGUCUCCUCGCCAUCUUCGUUCACCUUGAAGACUAACACACUGAGCACCGCUGUGCCAAACUCCUACUAUCCAGAUCCCUUCGUGCCGACCGCAAUCUUAGUGCCCAUUAAUGAUGAAAACCACACCAUGAACAGCGAGACCAGCAGCUUGGUUCAGUCGCACACUCACUCCUUCAAGAAGCGCGAGGCGGUGGACGUCCCAUAUCAGACGGGACAGCUUCAUCCGGCCAUCCGUGUGGCCGAUCUCCUCCAGCACAUCACGCAGAUGAAGUGUGCCGAGGGUUACGGCUUCAAAGAGGAAUACGAGAUAAACGAGAGCUUCUUCGAAGGGCAGGCGGCACCGUGGGACUCGGCCAAAAAAGAUGAGAACAGAAUGAAGAACCGUUACGGAAACAUCAUCGCAUACGAUCACUCUCGUGUGCGGCUGCAGCCUCUGGAGGGAGAGCAGAGCUCCGAUUACAUUAAUGCUAAUUAUGUAGAUGGCUACCAUCGACCGAAUCACUACAUCGCCACACAAGGUCCGAUGCAGGAGACGGUGUAUGACUUCUGGAGGAUGGUGUGGCAGGAGAACACGGCGACUAUCGUAAUGGUCACCAAUCUGGUUGAAGUCGGCCGGGUGAAGUGCUGUAAGUACUGGCCCGAUGACACUGAGAUCUACAGGGACAUGAAGGUGACGCUCAUCGAGACACAGCUGCUGUCUGAAUACGUCAUUCGAACCUUCGCCGUGGAAAAGCGAGGAGCUCAUGAGAUCAGGGAGAUCCGUCAGUUUCAUUUCACCGGCUGGCCGGAUCACGGCGUCCCGUAUCACGCCACAGGGCUGCUGGGCUUCGUCCGCCGGGUCAAAGCCAAGAGUCCAGCCAACGCCGGCCCCAUGGUCAUCCACUGCAGCGCUGGAGCGGGACGCACCGGAUGCUUCAUCGUCAUCGACAUCAUGCUGGACAUGGCGGAGCGGGAAGGAGUCGUGGACAUUUACAACUGCGUGAGGGAACUACGGUCCCGCAGGGUCAACAUGGUGCAGACAGAGGAGCAGUAUGUGUUUAUCCAUGAUGCCAUAUUGGAGGCGUGUCUUUGUGGUGACACCACGAUCCCAGCCAAUCAGCUUCGCUCUGCGUAUUACGACAUGAACCGAUUGGACCCGCAAACCAACUCCAGCCAGAUCAAAGAGGAGUUCAGAACGUUAAACAUGGUGACUCCCACGUUACGGGUGGAGGACUGUAGCAUUGCACUGCUGCCGCGGAACCAUGAGAAGAAUCGCUGUAUGGAUGUGCUACCGCCUGACCGCUGCCUGCCCUUCCUCAUCACCAUCGACGGAGAGAGCAGCAACUACAUCAACGCCGCGCUCAUGGACAGCUAUAAGCAGCCGUCUGCGUUCAUCGUUACCCAGCAUCCUCUGCCCAACACCGUCAAAGACUUCUGGAGGCUGGUGCUGGACUAUCACUGCACGUCUAUAGUGAUGCUGAACGAUGUGGAUCCCGCGCAGUUGUGUCCGCAGUACUGGCCAGAGAAUGGCGUCCAUCGGCACGGACCCAUCCAGGUGGAGUUUGUGUCUGCGGAUCUGGAGGAGGACAUCAUCAGCAGGAUCUUCCGCAUCUAUAACGCGGCGCGGCCGCAGGACGGGUACAGGAUGGUGCAGCAGUUCCAGUUUCUGGGCUGGCCGAUGUACCGCGACACUCCCGUCUCCAAACGCUCCUUCCUCAAACUCAUCCGACAGGUGGAUAAAUGGCAGGAGGAGUACGACGGAGGAGAGGGACGCACCGUUGUGCACUGCCUGAACGGCGGCGGGCGCAGCGGCACAUUCUGUGCCAUCAGUAUCGUGUGUGAGAUGUUGUGUCACCAGCACUCGGUGGACGUCUUUCACGCCGUCAAAACACUGAGAAACAACAAACCCAACAUGGUGGACCUGCUGGAUCAGUAUAAGUUCUGUUAUGAAGUGGCACUGGAAUACUUGAACUCUGGGUAAUCUGAGCGGACGCUGGUCUUCUUCAUCCUCUUCAUCCGGACACUGAGACACACGACAGAAACUGAACCUGGAGCAGAAGCCAUGUUUUCCAGCCAGCGCUCGCGUCUGUUCUUCUGUUCCUCCAACACUCUUCUUCUCUUGCCUUGGUCUCACCGGACGCCUGUCGUCAUGUGUGUGUGGAAUGCGGCGUCUCGUGGAUGUUGAUUUGAUCACUGUUUUUAUGACGUCUCUGUACAGUCCGGUCAUGUGCGGCGACCGCUCCGCUCUCUCUGUGGUUGUGUUUGUGUGGAACGAUGGAAAAACUGCUGAAACGUCCCGUCCCAAGAUCCAAAGCUUGUGUUCGUGAUCUUUCUUGUUUUGUUUUUGUUUAUACUGUAAAUAGAUGGAGUUCACCAGAUAAUU